CUUUAAAAGGGCUAGGCUGAACUGAAACUCAAUAUCAUUACAAGUAUGGCAAGCAAUUCUACUAGCCCAGAAUCCUCCUCGGACACCUCUGUAUUGGAAGACAUGGAUAGUUCCCCAGUGAUGACAGUGACUGGAAGGGAUAUCAAGAUAAUGUACAGACAAAGAUGCCCAGAGGUGCUUUUCCGAAACGAAUUUGUAUCCCGGAAUCCAUGGGACGAUCCAGUUGGCCCACAAACCACGUACUUUCCAGACAACCCUCUCCCAGCUACUAUUCCAAUCAGAAAAUUGGUACACAUUACCCACCCCACAGAGGCAGGUGGCAUUGAGAAAGAGGGAGACUCUCACUUCAAGUUUAUUCCAAGAAUGAAGUACGGAAAAUCUUAUGAGCCUAACCAAGGAGGAGGAUACGGUGAAACUUAUGAGAAAAAAGCUGAUGGAAAUUAUGAAGAAAUUCAGUACACAGAUUCAGUGUUUCCAGGCUAUCUCUCUUGGUGGGGGAUCGAUGUGCGAGACAGCUGGCAUGAAGGUAGGAGCAUCGUUUCAUGGAAUGAACGUAAUGGUCGAUAUGUUCCCGGCUAUCUUGCUACUAAGCCACAGUCCCCCUAUGGCAGUGUAGCGUUCAGUAUUGAGCUAUCGGACAUACUGAAGUAUUACAAGAGAGCAAGGAAGAGCGAUCAAGGAGCUGAAGUGUGCUUAAAAGUGGGUGGAACCCUACGAUAUCGACACGAAAUUUGCUAUGUGGUCAUUGUCUGCUUAAAGGAUGAUGAACUCGGAGACAUGCCAAGAAGGAUUGCAGGACAUAAAUUCCCUCAAUUUGUGUCCAAUGGUCUAGUUGACAACAAAGGAAUAGUGAUUGACCGCAACAUGACACCUGAAUUUAUAGCUACCAAUAUUAUCAAAUCCGCUAGAAACGACAAUGGGAAACCCAAGAGAGGACAAAGGUACGCUUGGGAUAACUACAGCUGGGAGCAGCUUGUUUUUGCAUUCUACUUUCCAACCGGAGGAGAAAAUCUUGUGUGUAAAGGAGUCACCAAAACAAGUUAUGAGCAUUUUGAUGAAAAUUGUCAGAAAUGCAAGAACACUACACCGAUGGAUUAGAUUCGUUAUAAUUAU